CUGACUGAGUGAGACCAAGAUACUUAACCUGUAAUCACACUAGCAAGCAGAAGUCUCCCAUUUCAUGUGUUGUGAAGUAAUAGCAAGGUUCAAGAAUACAAGCUAUGAGUUUUGAUCACUGCAAAAUGGACAGUAUUGAAAACUAUCACUCUCCAACAGACACAGAGGAUGAUAUUUAUGUGAAUACAGAAGACUGUCGUGCAGAGCUAAAAAAAACAGUGAUGACAUCAUGGUCAGGAGCCAGACCACGGCACAAAAAUGUGUGCAACACAUUAGAGACACAGAAUAUGACAGGAUCACAAGCAGUGGAUGAUGACAAUGUGAACACACAGCAGCUGCAUCUAAAGACUAAACAAUGCACAGCUUCAUCUAGAUACAACAACAUCAUAUCUGCUCUUGGUCUUCUGUUGCUUGGAGCUUUAGCAUCACUCUGUGCUGUAGGGAUCUUGUAUCACAAUAAAGUUGUUUCCACUGAGAUAUUAAGUGAAGGACACGAGAACACUACAGCCGAACUGAUGGUGCUACAAUACAAAGCCACUGAGAAACGGAUUGGGAUGCUGAAGGCAAAAUACCAGCAAGCUCAUGAACGUCUGUCUGCAUGCAAUGGAAAACAAACCUGUACACUUUGUGAGGAAGGAUGGAAGUCUCUUGGUUUAAAGUGUUACUACUUCUCCAAUCAUAAACUGAACUGGACACAGAGUCGAGAUUACUGUGUGGAGAAAGGAGGUCACCUGGUGAUUAUAACCAGCCAAACUGAACAGGGCUUUUUAAUUUCACAAAUUGGAGAAACACACUGGAUUGGAUUGAAUGACUUGGAGACUGAGGGUCAGUGGAUGUGGGUGAACAACCAGCCUUUAAAGGAGACGGGUGUAACGUUCUGGUUUAGUUCUCCAGAGGGACCAAAACAGCCUGAUAACUGGACAAAGAAGGACCCUUCUGGAGAGAAUUGUGCUGCUCUGGGGGAUGCAAAUGUUAACAUACAUACAUGGUUUGAUGAUUCUUGUAGUACAAUCAUAAAGUGCAUCUGUGAAAAGUAAAAGACUUUUCUCUUACAUUUGAGUCUGCAAAUAUUUGUUUUUAUGAAUAGAGGACAGUUCUUGGUUGUUGACUAUAAAUAUCUAUUUACUGUAUACAUUUUCAGACUCCAUAAAGUUUCACUUUUCUGCCACAUUGUAAAAUGUUGUAUUUUUUAGCUUUUCUUAACCACUAGAACAUCAGAUCAUGUGUGUGGAUUUUCUCUUUUAAAUUGUACUGGAGGGAUGAACAUGUGUCUAUUUUAUUAAUGAAGUGUGUCCAGAUUAUGUUUUCUGAAGCUAUAUGUAAUGUAAAGUUGCUUUGUAUAAAGAAAUUUAAGAAUGAAUAAAAUUACAUGACUUGGAAAAAACAGAUUUGCUAUAUUGUUAAUU